AUGACGACCGCAUUCCAGCGCCUCAACGAGCGCAAGCAACGUCCCAACAGCCGCAUAGACUUCAUCAAAGCCAUCGACAACCAUCCCCACGGCGAAGACUUUCUCAACCGCAUCGCGGCGCAAUGCUUUCCCGUCAUGAACAAAGCCGGAAUCAACGUACGAUCUYUCGAAGAAUACGAACCCAAUCCCGAAUUUCUCGGACGCAACUUCAACGGAGGCGAGGUCAUUCAGCUGGUAUUGAAGGACAAGCAGGGUAGAUGGCUCGGUUUGAAUUUCGUGCAAAUGGUCAUGAUGCAUGAACUGGCACAUUGCAAGCAAAUGAAUCACAGUCGUGCUUUCUGGGCGGUGCGGAAUGACUACGCCAAGCAGAUGGAGGAGAUUUGGAAGUCGGGUUACGUGGGAGAGGGGAUGCAUGGACGGGGCAGAGAUUUGGAGAAUGGGAGCAUUGUUCACAAUCGUCCGCCGGAUAUGACUCAAGUUCCCGGGCAUCUCUGUGGCGGUACCUUUCAGAAGAGAGGUCGCAAGAGAAAGGCUGGACGUCAAGGAGAUCAGCCUGUGAAAGUCACUUAUGCCGAGCGUCAGCAACGCCGGAUUGAGAAGAAAUUUGGCAAGCAUGGUGAAGGCGCGUCUGUUGGUGAAGAUGACUUGCUGCGAGGUGCUCUGGAAACUAUGAAUGGUGGGAAGAGGAGGCAGGGCAAGCCAAAGGUUGCCAAAAGCAAGCGUGGAAGAGAUCUCUGCGCGAAUGCCGCACUCGCGAGGUUUGCACAGGCGAAGACUAAGCCCAAGGAGGAGCCGAAGGAAGAGGAACAGACAUUGAAGGUUGAGGAGAGUGAGACGGACUCAGAAUGGGAGGACGAUUUCGUUCAAGUUUGUGGAGAUGAGGAUCGCGAUGAUGCUGAAGCUGGCAACGAAAUGGAUGCCCUGAGGAUGCUCUCUGCCGGAAAGAACAAACAUCCAACCCUCCGAGAAGAUGCAGAAUUGGACGGUUCGGAGACGGAAAGCGAAGCAGAGGAUGAAGAUGAACGUGAAGGGAAUGCUGCAGCCCAAUCCACCUUGACUGUCGAAGAGACUGAAAUGCUCCGGGAGCUCGAUCGCACUAAGACCGCCUCCGAGUCGGAAGAGGCUUCUUCUUCAGCAGCGAUAGAUCUCACAUUGAUCCCGGAUUCCGCCACGAAAUGUCCAAUCUGCUCGCUCGAAAACGAAACCAAUGCCACACUCUGCAUAGCCUGUUCGCAUGUCCUGCGGAUCGAGCUUGUGCGAGAUCAUUGGCGUUGCAAGAGUGAGACUUGCAAAGGCAGCAAGUAUAUCAAUCCUGGAGACUUUGGUCGCUGUGGACUGUGCAAUUCUCCCAAGCCUCAGCAAGUCUCGAGGCUACCUUCAGCGGGUCAAGGACGUGCUGUUGGACUUACCCGGCCGGAAGUGCUGAGAUGGGAUUGA